GUUCUGACAGGAAAACUAAAGAAAGGCGAGUAUCUCGCAGGAAAAAGUCCUUGCAGGUCUUCACCUGAAGUCGAGCUCUUCGAGCCUCUGCGAGCAAUGGAAACAGGCAAGAUGGCGGCAAUCAGAAAGAAACUGGUGAUAGUCGGUGAUGGAGCCUGUGGCAAGACUUGCCUCCUCAUAGUGUUCAGCAAGGAUCAGUUCCCGGAGGUCUAUGUGCCUACAGUGUUUGAAAACUACGUGGCAGAUAUUGAGGUGGAUGGUAAACAGGUGGAGCUGGCCUUGUGGGACACAGCAGGUCAGGAGGACUAUGACCGACUGCGGCCUCUGUCAUAUCCAGACACAGAUGUCAUCCUCAUGUGCUUUUCCAUUGACAGCCCUGACAGUUUAGAGAAUAUUCCGGAGAAGUGGACUCCAGAAGUGAAGCACUUCUGUCCCAAUGUGCCCAUUAUUCUUGUGGGAAACAAGAAAGACCUGCGAAAUGAUGAGCACACGCGCCGAGAGUUGGCUAAAAUGAAACAGGAACCUGUGAAGUCAGAGGAGGCGAGAGAAAUGGCCAACCGGAUCAAUGCCUUUGGUUACUUGGAGUGCUCAGCCAAGACGAAGGAUGGUGUGAGGGAGGUGUUUGAGAUGGCCACCAGGGCGGCGCUACAGGCCAAGAAACGAGGCAGAAAAAGUGGCUGCCUUCUGCUAUAGAGUGUCAAGUUACACAGGUUAGGGAGGACAGGAGGAAAGGAUCCUUGCCAACAAAAACAUUCCUCCUGUUUCUACUUUGUCACCAUGCUGUGCAGAAUUGAAUGGGGCCUUUUCAGGAAUAAGGGAGAAAAAUCAAACUAGGUCAAAAGGGGAGUGUAAGCAUUCAUGUCCAAGGUUUAAUCUGCCUUUAAUCUGUAAUCAUAUCUUUGGAUUCAUCAAACCUAAAAUCAAGAGAACAUGGAAAGAAGGAACCAUCUCUCUUAAAGAGGUGUGUUGGGAUUUCCAGACCUAUGAAGUGGUCUCCGUUAUUCUAAAUUGCAGCCUGAUGGUCUGUACACAAGCCCAUCUUUAGAACAGAUCCAUCCCAGGUGUUCAGUACAUUCACAGCUGUGUACCAUAUGAACAAGUUUCUGGAGGACUUGGCUUGCGGCGUUUCUUUGAGUUAACAUCCUAUUAGUCUGUACUUUUGUCAUUUCCUUUAUUUCUCUGCAAAGACCAACCAACUCUGUACAGACCUGAUUUCCUCCUUUAUGAUGAUGAAGUUACCUGUCGCUGCAGGUUCACAUUCAAAAUCCACACUACCGCUCAAAAGUACAGUCGCCAAAUGUCAAAUUAAAUAAUUCAAUAAAAAUCACUUUUAUUCUUUAAAUGAAUCCUAAAGUGAGUAGAAAACAUAUUAUUGAUAUUAAAAAGUUAGAAAUAAUGAUUUUUGCAAAAAUAAUUGAGUCUUUCCAGCAUUCUACCACCAGUUUGCUGACAUUUUAGUUCAUUCUUACAGAAGCUCCCAGUUUAAUGUGGGUGAGAGUGGACUGAGACCCAAUGACUGUGCUGGGCUCUCAGCUGCUUCUGUAUAGUUUAGAGUCAUUCUAUGGCUCACUGUGCUGUUGCAGUCAGUCAGCAGUCACAGGAUCCGAUGUGGUCCUGAAUUUCCCAGAAUUUCCCAGUUCACCCCAAAGACCUCCAAAACUUUUACAAAGUGCCACUUGACAGGUGGCAGGCACACCUCCACGAUCCUUCAGUCUUUGUCUCAGAAAUAUUCUUUUUGACCCAAAUACCUCUUAGGUUUAUCUGUUCAUAAAACUUUCUCCCUGACUUCCUCUGUCCAACAUCUGUUCUUUUUUCCCCCACUUUAUUUCUAAAGCACUUUAAAAACAACAUAACAGUUGACCAAAGUGCUGUACAGAAAAUAAGAGAACAAAAGAAUAAAUCAGUAAAAGUACAUACAAAGGGUAAGAAGAUGACAACUCUCACUGGGUUAAAAGCCAGGUGUGUGGGUUAAAAGGUGUGUUUUUAAACGGGUUUUAAAAACAGUGAGGGAUGGAGCCUGCCUGACCUCCAGAGGCAGCUCAUCCCACAUUUUGGGAGCCAAAGCUGCAGAAGCUGGGUCUCCUUUGGAUUUAUAAAAGCACCUGGUUAGCUGAUGUAAGAGCAUGUGACGGCAUGUAAGGGUGAAGCAGCUCAGGGGCAAAACCAUUAAGAGAAUUAAAAACAAAAUAAUUUUAAAAUGGAUUCAAAACCUUUACCCAUCUAUUCAUUUUAUAAGGUGGUCUCUUUUUUCUCCACUGUUUUUAAGCAGGCGUUCCUGAUCUGCUUCUCAGCUCUUGUUGUUUAGUGUUUAACAGGUGUUGUUCUCAGACAGCAGACUCAUGUAUUUGGCCUGCUGCUCAGUUGGGCUGUUCUAUAAAGGGAAUAAUAUUGUGUACAAUGUUCUGGGCAGUUUCCUGCAUGUAGUAGCGUUCACUUUCAUAGCACAUUAUGGUUGAACACACAAAGGAUGAUGUUUCAGUUACUCAGCUAGCUAAAAGUUUAAAAAUGUAAUGAAUUAACCUUCUAACAUGAUAAACUUGAAUUAGUAACAUGCCAUUGGAACACUGUGUGCUAAGAAUCGGCCUUUCUACUCCAAUACAGGUAUUCCAAUAAAAUUACAGCAAUGCAUGAUUACAUUAGUUGUGUAUGAUGUAGACAUAGACUGUGGUUCAUUUCUGACUUUUUGUUUUUCAAAAUAAAAGUCUGCGCUUCUCUUUCAAAACAAGGACUUUCUGUGUGAUGCCAAACCUUGUGUGUAAGAUUAAAUUACCAGUGUUUUGUACAACUUUUCAAAAUUUGAUUGCUCAAUUUUGUUUUUCCAAGUCAUUAAACUGAUGUGGACUGUC